AUGCAGGGGAAGUUGGGGAGGCAGCAGCUCAGGUCAUCUUUUGGUCGCCCAACAAAAGUACCAGAUUUAGGUCCAGAAGAAGAUCCUACUGGGCAGUUCUGCGAGGUGCCAUCCAACUGGCUUCAAAAGAAACUCACGGAGAAGGUCCCCAAGCCAACUGCAUCACAGCUUUGGGAUGUUACCAUUUACAAUGCCCUCCCAUUCAUUGGGUUUGGAUUUUUGGACAAUACCAUCAUGAUAGUAGCGCUACCCAACCUCCUCUUUGAACGCUCCCUCAUCAAGCUUCCUAGCCCACUGCAAUGUGGCCUCCUUCACCUCAAGAUGGUUGUUGAAAACUCUUUUUUGGAAGUUGUUCUUUAUCCAGUUAAAGGGGAACCUGUUGCUCAGAUUAAAGUCCAAGCUGUUUGGGCUUCGGGAGAGCAUCAUAAUGUUACACUGGGUCUUGAAAUCCUUCACAGCAGCAGACGUGUGGGGUUACAUGUUGUCCAACUGUGCAAACAGUGCAACAAGUGCUGGCUUCAAGCAGAUCAGGACUGGCUCCAAGUGAUCAAGCGAAAUGUGGCUGACAAGAAACCCUUCUUGCCCUCACUUCGAACAAGUGUUUUUCUGUUGACACCACUGCCCCAAAGGAGUCUGUUGACUCCCAGUGCAUUCUGGACUCUGUUCAUCACUCAGGGAGAUUACAUUGAUUUGACCAUUGGAACUGUGCUUGGGAUCUCAACGUUGGCAGCAGCAGCACUUGGGAACACUGUGUCUGACAUCGCUGGCAUUGGUUCAGCUUUCUAUGUUGAGAGUUUUUCCUCCAAGAUUGGUGUCAAACCCCCUGAUCUCACUCUUGUUCAACUGGAAAUGCCUUCCUCUCGUUGGAGUGCAAAUGCUGGCCGUGCUGUUGGUGUGACGAUUGGAUGCCUCCUUGGGAUGUUCCCUCUCCUUUUCCUUCCUGCAAAGGACCGCAAUGAAGCAAAGGAGGAAAGGACAUGAAGUGUUUCCACAGGAAGCCUGGAACCAUGAUUAGGAUCCUCAAGCUAAGGAAGCAGGUGGUGCAUCUUAAGAACUCUACUUGACCCCAUUGAGUCAUUCCAGAAAAUGGAGUGCACCAUAGAAAACAUAUUGGCAUAGUCAUGAAGCUCAGGGAAUGUCAAAGCCUUCUUGGAGCUGGAUGGUGGUGAUUUUUAGAACAUGAUUACAUAAUGCCAUUUUGGCCCUUGUCCUCUCACAAGAAUCCUUUUGACUUCAUUGUAAGAUUUGCCAGUUUUUGCUUGAACGAUUCUUGCUGAUCUCUUACCUACCUGUCCUUGCUAAUUUUCAAGAAAGUGAUGUGCUAUUUGUUUGUGAGAGCUUCGAACUGUUCUGUCAUUCAUCCUAAGAUCGCCCAGGCUGAGAUUUUUAUUUUUCCUGACCUUUACUUUUCCCAGAAAUACCUCGAGAAAUUGAGAGCAUAAUGAAUGAAGUGGAUUCUAGCCUCAGUUUUUCUAUUCGUGAAAAUGUUUUUUGUCAUUUGUCAUAUGCUAUGUAUGAAGAUAGAAUUAUUGAGACAUGAUAAAUUUCAGACUAAAGAGUGCUUUGUAUUCAUUGUUGCUAUGACAGCGACGGGAGAAGAGGGA